GGUGUUGCUUUCAUUCCUGAUUAUUGAUGUUGUUGUCGUCCGGUUCUUUUUCUAUUAUAGUUUUGAUAAAGUAUGUUAAUCUUAUAAAAUAGAAGUAAUUUUUGGAUUUUUGAAAAUUGUAAAAAUGGAUAGCAUUCCUGGUGAUCUAAACUUGGUUGAUGAUAUAGCGAAAGAACCAUAUCAGGCAAUGUUUUGCCGGUGCAUCGAUGCAUGUACAAAUGGAGAAUACAAUUCUACAUGUGAAUUGAAACCAAAAUCCAAAUGCUACAGAAAACUGGAACUUAUUGAUGGAGCUGAAAUUGAGACUGCUGGUUGUCUGUCUUCUUUGGAACUCCACAUCGAUCAGUGUAAUCAAGCCGCGAAACCUGAUUUUGUACAACCAACUGAUUUUCAAUGUUGCUGGGAUAGCGAUUACUGCAAUGAUCAUUUAAAUAUGAAACUACCGACACAUAACACAGAAGGGCCAGAUUCAACUUCAGAUCCUAAUGUCACUGUCAUUAUGAUCGUAUCAGUUUUGCUCGCAUUUGCAGUUGGUGUCUUUAUCAUUACUGUUUGUUGCAUACGAUUUAAACAAAGAGAAAAGAAAUUGAAACGAGAAAUUGAUGCAGAAAGUGACAAAUAUGGAAUGAAUACCAAGAAUUUAAAAGAUCUUGUCGAGGAAUAUUCAACGCCAUGUUCAUCUGGAUCAGGAAUUCCGUUGCUGGUUCAACGUACAAUUGCAAGGCAGAUUGAAAUAUUGCGAGAAUUAGGAAGAGGAAGAUAUGGCACUGUGAUGCUUGGAAAAUGGAGAGAUGAAUAUGUUGCUGUCAAGAGUUUCAAUUCAACAGAAGAAAAAAGUUGGGCAAGAGAGACUGAAAUUUAUCAAACUGUUUUGUUGAGACAUGAGAAUGUCCUGUGUUUUGUUGCAUCUGAUAUCAAUGGAAACGGAGCAUGGACCGAACUCUACAUUAUUACUGAUUAUCAUGCAAAUGGUUCAUUAUAUGACUACCUACAGGGACGGUCGCUUAGUUUACAAAGUGCUCUGCAAUUGGCCCAUACAGCUGCGAGUGGUCUAACUCAUCUCCAUACUGAAGUGAUUGGUACAGUAACUCAGGGCAAUUCUGAAAAUCAAUGUAAACCUGGGAUUGCACAUCGAGAUAUCAAGUCCAGGAAUAUUCUGGUGAAAAAUAGUGGGGAUUGCUGCAUUGCUGAUAUGGGAUUUGCAGUUAUUUAUUCAAGUUCCAAAGAAGAUGGCAACGGAAAACUUGACAAGGGUCAUUAUAAGAAAUCUCGUAAACAAGGUACAAAGAGAUACAUGUCUCCUGAAGUUUUGAGUUCAAUGAUAAAUGAAGAUUCUUUCGAUGCUUUCAAGGCUUCUGAUGUCUACAGUUUUGCUCUCGUUUUAUGGGAGAUUCUAAAUUGCACAACUGUGGAAGGUUUGAUGGGUGAAUACAGAUUGCCUUAUUACGAUGAUGUGGGCAACGAUCCUGACUUUGAAGAAAUGAGAAAAGUAGUCGAUGUUGAUAAUAUUAGACCUGAAAUAUCAUCGGUUUAUAUGGAACAUCCAGUUUUGUCUCGUUUUGCUGAAGUAGUGUCCGAGAGUUGGGUGAAGCGUCCGGAUUCAAGAUUAACCAUGUUACGAAUUCGAAAAACUCUUUCCAUUCUUCGACACGGACCUCUCGAAGAUAAUCCGCCCAUUAUCACAGACUAUCAUCCAACCAAUGGAUUUACAUAUAUUUCAGACAGAUCAAAUAGCUCGGGUUUUCCAACACAAAGUAAUGAUUUUUAUCCAUUAAAACUUCAACCGAAAGAUCGGGGCACUCCACCCGGAGAAUACGAGCAAAGAGUCGGCGGAUAUAGUUAUGAUCCACAGUUACAUAAUGGUAGUCAUAGGCUCGUUAGUAACGGAUAUAGCGACAGUUUCGGCUCUGUGUAAUUUCUUAUAUCGGAAAAAUAUCAGGAAUGUAAAAGUAUAAUGCAUCAAUGCAAUGAUGUAAUACAGAGUUGAAAACAGGGAAAAGCAAUGACUGCCCAGUGUCUAUCAGAAUAACAAGCAGGGAAGGUUUCAUGUAUUUGUAUUUUGGGCAAAGCAAUAACCAAAACUACACUAAAUUUGCUAUUUUGAAAACAGUUAUAUUAUGCAUCAAAAAAGGGAAUCUCGUUUCAUUUAAGCAUAAAAAAUAUUUUUUUUAUCUGGGCAUGUUUAAAUUCAAAAGUGGCAAAUUCUCAAAAAAUGAAUAAUCAGUGUGGUAUCUAAAAAAUGGAUAUUCAAAUGUUUUACAUUUUAUCGAUCUGCUAUAACUAGUAUAUGUUAUUGAAGUUUUUUUAUCACGGACCCGCAUGCAUAUAAAUUGAUAUGAAACAGAAUAUAAUGUAUCUAUGGAUAUCUUUCCAUGAGUCCAUAAAGGAAAACUAUCCUAGAAUGUAUUUCUUGAGGACAAAACUUUAUGUGAAUUGGAGAAGUUGCACAGCAUCUAAACUUCGCGGCCACUCCCUCUGUAGCAGUUAAUCCAUCUUACCAGAUUCAGCCAAUAUCCAUUACCUCAUAUCUGGUCUUUUAGUUCGUUGGUUUUUGUAUUUGAAAUAUCAAAAUCACUUCAGCAAUUGAUUUAUGGAAUCUGUUUUUUUAUUGACUCGUAACUAUUUAAAAAUCAGAAAAAGUUAAUGCCUAUUUAUGUUUUACUUCAUUUGAUAAGAUCUUCUUUCUGUAGCAAUUUAUGUGGUUUUUGUUUUUAUCAUUUGUUUUUCGUAAAUGAGCAACAAUGCUGUGUGUUUAACAAGAUGUUGCUGAAAUCCAUAUUCAUCCAAUUGUUACUGAGUUAUUUCUUCAUUACUCAAUAAGCUGAGAUGUGAAAACUCGAAUUUUAGGAAUGUUAUAAAAUUGUGCGACUUUUUCACUAUCUACGUUUUAACUCACAAAUUUACUUAUGUUUUUGACAUGAAUGUUAUUUGAAAUAAAUUGUGAGAGACAAAAGGGCCAAAUGUCGAAAUUUCGAAAAAUAAUAUUCAAAAUUAUUACAAAAAACAUCUUUUUAAGCUUCGCCCUUUAGGGUUAAAGCUCCUGAAUUUUGUUUUAUUGGUUGACUACAAAUUGGAGAUGUUUUUGGUGUGAUUUCUCAAUCUUCCUGAUUCCAGUCAUAUAUGAAAUUGGUCAGAAUUUUGUAUUCUAAUCAUUCUGGUAGGCUGGAGUUUUUAUACUCAAAUUACUUGUUUUCGAGCAAAUUAAAUUUUUUGCUUUUUAUCGAACAGAAUAUUCAAGGUGUAUUUUUAAUAUGUAGCAGGGUUAGCAAAAACUUUUUCUUAACUUUUCAUUUACGGUAAUUGAAAGCAAAUUUUUCAAUUGCUUCUUUAAUAUACUGGUCCUGGUUUGAUAUUUGCCUCUGUAAUUGGUAUUCCAUCACAUAUUACGUCAGAUAGUUAUAUUUUUUCAUUGACUAGAAUUUAAGUUUUUAUUUCUUGGCCACUAAGACAAUACAGACCUAAAACAAUAUGAUUUCUUCUAAAAUGUUGCAUUCCUUUUGACGAAAAUAAUUGUUUCCCCUUCCCCCCAAAUAUGAAUAUUUGUCAUCUAGAAUUACUGCGCCCAGCUUUAUAUUUAUUGGUGGUAAUGUUCGGCCUUGUAUACAAUGGAAAUGGCAGGUGGAAAUUCAUAUUGAUGUGACUUGAUACCGUUUGUUGUGAAGUUAAAUGAAUUACACUCUUGCACUGGUUCGAUAUCCACGGCAUCAGAUUCAUGAUUACGGCAAUGCAAUUUUAGACUCGCUUAUUGGAUAAGACCAGUGUUUUUCAAACUUUUUUCAUCUUGACCCACUUGUCACAUUUGAAUUUUUUGCAAGCCGCAGGAACCCCAAAAAAUUAAAGUAAAAUUUGAUAAUACAAAAAAUUAAAAAAAAAUUAAAUGAAAUUGACAAUAAAUAACCCUUCGAUGAGACUGAUGUGCUUGCGUAUUCUUGCACAAAAGAUAGAAUUUUGUCUCUAUUUCGGUGAUGGUGCAUCUUUGUACUGGUUCCAAAUUUGUUAAAUUUGAUCGAUAUUUUGUUGUACCUUAAGUUAGUGCCAGAAUUUUUUUUUAUUGCGACCUCUAUUAAGCCCUUUCUCAACCAACUGGGGGUUCGAGACCCCCAUUUGGGUCCUAUCUCCAGCUGUGUAUGAUACUAAUUCAAAACAAGUGGAAUGAAUGAUCCAAAGAAGUGAAUUUUAUAAGAUUAAUUUUAGAUAUCGAAAACAGGCCUCACAUCCAAAUUUAGCAACAAUUUAAUUUUCUAAAUCAAUUUUAAUAGUAGCAAUAAGUUAUGAAUAUUCCGCAGCUGACCAAUUCUAAUGUUAUUCUGUUGGUUUCUGAUUUCAAAAAGCCUCAGAUUGCAGUAGGAAAUAAAAUAGCCUCUUCAUAUUAUAAUUAUUGUUAUAGACAAGCGAACUGAACUCUUGGACUUUGUUUGUUACUGUGAAAAGUGUGGUUUCCCAAUUAGUAAGACCCUUUCCCUAUACUUAAUUUUGUGAUAAAUUCGUAUGCGGACUCAGAUAUUUGGAAUUGCUCAACGAGCGGCACAUUAAUAAUUCGGCAUAAACUUGUGUACCUACGAAUUUCAUUCAAACAAUAUCUCAUAUGCUUGAAAUAAGAUGAAUUUUUAUACAUCCUUCAACUUCUCUUUACCUGGUUCUAACGUUCUUUCUAACCUCAAUAAUGCAAAUGUUUUAAGUGAGUAAACUUUUUUAUAUCUUUCAGUUUUUCUUUGUCAUCGUACUUUUUACUUAUCGUUGUUUGUUUGUUUUUUAUGAUGUUUUUAUAAUGAAAUUUCUGUAAAAAUUUUCUUGUUUGCGGUGCCUCUUUGUAGUAUUUUCUGUAUUUUUUUGUGGCCGUGUGCCGAUUUUUAUCAUUUCUUUUUCAUUUUCUUUGUAUUCACUACUGAUAUGUCCAUUUUUCUCACGGCGUUCGAUUUGGUACAUUUUAUCAAGUAUGAAACGAUUUUUGUCUUAUUGCCUUGAAUAAAGUAUUUUCUGCCAUC